AUGAACGUUUUUUUAAAAAGGGACGAUAACAUGUAUAGUUAUUCAUUAGAAUCAUCGAUUGAAUGUCAUAAAGGAAAAAAAAAGAAAAAACCGAACAAAAAAGAGGGGACAAAAAAAAAUAAUGGAAAUAAAAACAUAAGUUCGUUUAGUGAUAAUGAGAAAAUAUUAAAUAACAGUUUUGGCUAUAUAAAUUGUUUUCACUUUUUAAAGACGGGAAAAAAAAAAAAAAAUCAAACAAUUUUUUUAGAAAAAAAAUAUGAUAGUAACUAUUUGUAUAAUUUAAAGAAUAAUUCUGAUCAUUUUGCGAAUGAAAAUAACUGUAGAAAAUGUUUAAGCACAAAAAAUAAAUUCAGUGAUAAAUAUAAUAGUAAAAGUGGUAAAAAUAUGGACGAAAUAAUUCGAAAAAAAGGGUACUUUCAAAAUAAAGUAUUUACCAUUGUUAAUUAUGAUUUUAUAGGAGUUAUAAAAAAGACAAAAAAUAUUAAAAUGAUACACACCCAAAAAGAAAUAGAAAAUAAAAAUAUUGAAUUAAUCUCUCAUAGACAUGAUUACUUAUUGCAUUAUAAAAAUGAAGAGGAAAAAAAAAUGAAUAUAUUAAAGAAUAUCGAAAAAGAACAGAUUCCAGAUCUUAGUGCAUCAUCAAUUAGUAUUGAAAAAGAGUAUAUAUUGCAUGAAAAAAAAUAUAAAAAUAUUCACAUUGCUUUUGUAAAAGGUUGGAAAAAGAUAAAAAAUCAGAAUAUUCAUUAUAUUGGGGAUAUAGAAGAAGAUACUAAUACUAACAAGUUGAAAACAAAAAUAAUAAAAAUUUAUAAAUAUCCAAAAGAGGAUAUUUUUAAUCCAUUUUAUAAUCGCUAUAUUUGUUUUGAAAACUCUAUAAAAAUAGAAAAAUGGCUAACUAUGGAUUUAAAACAUGAAAAUAUUAUAAGCAUGGAAUCUUAUUUUUAUUACAAUGGGAAAAUUAUGACUUUUUAUAAAUAUGGUGGUAAUUCACUUAUGCAGUGGGAUAAAGAAACAAAAAGGUUUCAGUAUAAAAAAAAAGUAUACACAGUUAAUGAAAAAAAAAAAAAAUAUAUUAUAUUUGAUAAGAAAAUGGCGGAAAAUAAAAAGGAAUAUUAUGAGUAUGAUAAAAUAUGGAACCCUAGAAUUAAUAAUGAUAAUAACGAUAAUAUUUCUAAUAAGCGAACCAAAAGAGAAAAGACAUAUGUCUAUCCUGAAUAUAUGAUUGCAGAAAUUUUAAGGCAACUAUUAAAAGCAUGUUUUUAUUUAUAUGAGAACCAAAUAUAUCAUAGUGAUAUUAAGCCGUCAAAUAUUGUUGCAAAAAAUAUAAAAAAGAAAAAUUUAAAUAAAAUUAUUUUUUGUAAAAAAGAAAAAAAAUGGUAUAUAAAAAAAUAUGGAAAAAUAAAAAAAAAUAAAAUUUUAAUCAAAAUAAUAGAUUUUGAAUACUCACAAAAAUGUUAUGGAGAAGAAGCUAAUGUAGGAGGUACAACUUCAUUAUUUAAGCCAUUAGAAAAUUUUAGAAAAAAAAAAAUUAAUAUAUUUUCAAAAAUGGUUUGGAUUAUUGGAAUAACAAUUUUUAUAUUAUCAACGGGAACACAUCCUUUUAGUUCUAUAAAUAAUGAUAUGCAUGUUUUAUUUUUAAUUCAAAAUAAAAACUUUGAUAUAAAAAAUAGUUUUAGCAAAUAUAGUUACUUUUCACACUCUUUUAAAGAUUUACUUCAAAAAAUGUUAAAAGUGGAAUAUACCCAAAGAAUUUCUUUUUUCGAUUUAUUUUUUCAUCCCUUUGUUCUUUUGGGGGGUGAUUAA